AUGGACCCUAUGCCCGACGACGCCUUCAUUCCCGGAGACCGCGAUUUUCUCUGCUCUCCACGAUGUAGCCUGGUUCUCACUCCUCAUGAAGCGCCGAAACCGUGGGGACACCAUUACCCAGAUCCUUUCGAUCUUAAACCUGCCGACAUGGGACCGACCGAUGAGGAGAAGAAUUUCUCCCAAACUCAACUGGUUUUCAGUGAAAAUAACAGACCCCUUCGCUUCGACCAAGAGAAGCAGAAAGUCAAAGACGAACAGCUACACGUCGUCAUUGUCAAGACGAUACCAGAGUCACUCGGGCCCCCGCAACAGAAGCACCUUAGCGUGGGUGAUUCAGUCUUCAUCAAGGUAUAUGACCCCUUGUUCUGGUGGGCAACAGAUCUCCUUGAUAUCUAUUUCAAGGUUACAGCUACGGCAGACAUGGCCUUUUGCGACGAAGUCGGCGCAUACUCCUUCUUGCAAGAGAAGGGUCUCACCGGGUUCCCGCAUCUAGCUCCAGAGUUCUUUGGAAGCUGGACAGCAGCGGUGACGAGUAGCAAUCCCAAGUACGAAGGGCAAACUCGGCAUGUGGGAGUACUUGCGUUGGAAUAUAUCGACGGCAUCCAGCUGGAUAAGCUGUUCACCCCUGGCACUAGGCCUCGCUCUCAGACUGUCACCAUGUAUUGGGAAACCGAUACUCCUGUUUCCUUCGAUACUAAUGAAGAGACCUGCAUGGGGGUGAUGAAGAAGCUUAUAUGGGAAAACAUGGAGCAAGAGUUUGCGGGCAUCACCCAUGGAGACAUCCAUCCGAGGAGCGUCCUCGUCUCCAUGCGCAACGGACACGAUAUCUUGGAUUCACCUCGGGUUUCCCUCAUAGGGUGGAGGAGAUCGGUCAUUGACGAGAUCUCCAAACACCCGCAAAAUGCCUUCGCCUACUACAGCAGACCGAUACAUCCGUUUAACCGAUUCAGCAUCAUCAGACUGCGCGACUUCCUCGGAUGGAUCCCCCGAGACUGGAAAGACCGUGAAGACAACCCGCGAGACUCUUGGCAGCUCCACAAGUGGUUUUUCGAAACGUUUGGCACCAUAGUCAACGAAAACAACCCGAACUUUCAGGCUUGGCCGGAAUGGGCUCUGUUGGAUCACGCUUUCAUGGGUCUGACGGUCAGUGAGGAUGCCGAUGGCGAUAAGGAAGCCAUCCCAUCCAUCUGGCAGACUUGA